AUGUUUGACGACAAGAAGCUGAAGUCCAGGAAGCUGAAAAGGGCGAAUAUCAUUGCCGGAAUCAACCGUAUGGAACAGUUCCUGCAUCAAUACGUCGAGGACCAACACCAAGGGGAAGUUCGAUACCGCUUGGAGCGUCUCGAGAAGCUGUGGGAAUCGUUCGACGAAGUGCAGGCGGACUGCGAGGAGCUUGUCGAAGAGGAGGAUGCGGGCACUAAAAAUUUGGAGAUCCGAAGCAAAACCGAAUCAAUUUAUUUCCGGGUCAAAGCUGGUUUAGCUUCCAAGAUCCCGGAAUCGUUUGGGCCCACCGCAUCGACGUCCUAUGCUGCAAAUGAAACAUCCGCCCCCGCCCAUCUUGCGAACAUCAAACUCCCGACGAUCACGCUACCCGAAUUUGAUGGCGAUUUCAAUCAGUGGCUGACGUUUCAUGACACGUUCGUGUCGAUGAUACAUUCGUCGACGGAAAUUUCAUGCGUCCAGAAAUUUCACUACCUUCGCGCUGCCCUCAAGGGUGAGGCAGCUAAUUUAAUCCAGUCGAUUACCAUCACCGCCAACAACUACUCUGUUGCGUGGGAGGCAUUGGUAACGCGUUAUUCGAAUACGACUCUUCUGCGAAAAAAGCACAUCCGAGCCCUGCUCAAGUAUCCCAAAAUCCCGAACAACUCGGUGGAUGCGCUUCAUCGAAUCGUCGACGAAUUCCAGAGGCACACAAAGAUUCUGGAGCAACUCGGAGAACCCGUAAUAUAUUUUAGCUCGAUUCUUAUGGAGCUUUUGGAGGAUAAGCUGGAUGACGCAUCGCUCACCGCCUGGGAGGAAUCCAUUGCCGGUGAUCCCCAUCCAACCUACAACAACAUGAUCGAAUUUUUGCAGAAGAGAACCCGAAUCAUGGAAACGAUCAUGAUCAAUCGGCCAACGUCUAGCCAAACGAAACCCGUUGCUCAAAAUUUUCCUCAGCGCAAACCAGGACCGCGCUUGAGUUCGAAUGCCGUUUCCGAAGGUUACCCUAAAAGCUACCCGAUGUGCCCAGCUUGUGAGAAGGAAAGACAUAGCAUCUACAACUGCCCCGUUUUCAACAGCUUGGACCCGAAAGGCCGGACGAAAAUAGUGACCGAAAAGAAACUGUGUGCCAAUUGCUUCCGAAGUGAUCAUUUCGCCCGAUCGUGCCCGUCGAAAUUUUCCUGCAAGCAUUGCUCCAUGCGCCAUCAUUCGAUGAUUCACUUCGGUCAAGCUGAAUCCACCCGUGCUGCUGCUGAUCCCCCGUCCCGCCCCGAGAAUGUCAACUCACUUGCCGUCGCAAUCACCCCGCAACCUACUGUGUCAUCGAAUCCCGUCGUGAGAUCAUCCCGUGAGAGUGUGCUGCUACCCACAGUAGUGCUAAUCGUCGUCGACGCCUAUGGUCAUCAACACAUAGCCCGUGCCUUGCUGGACACAGGUUCUCAACCGAACGUCAUCAGCGAGAGACUGUGUCAGCAACUGCGUUUGUCCCGUAAGCUGGUUAACAUCGACGUGCGAGGUGUAGAUGGUACCGCAACGAGUGCGAAAUUUGAAAUUCAAGCCGAAAUAAGAUCUCGGGUGAGCGAUUUCUCCGAGAUGUUAGAUUUCCUCGUAUUCCGGAAAGUAACCAGUGACGCCCCCGCAAUUCCCUUCUCGGUUGCCCAAUGGAAAAUUCCCAAAAAUCUCGCUCUCGCCGAUCCAGAUUUUGGCACACCGCGCAAAAUUGACAUGAUUAUCGGUGCUGCUAAUUUCUAUGCCUAUCUGAAGCCAGGUCGCCUCCAGCUUGCAGCAGAUGGCCCUUUGCUGGCCGAAACAGUGUUCGGUUGGCUGGCAACUGGAAAGUUCAACAUGAAAGCCGAACAAGCCAAACAAAAAUCUAUGGCAACUGGUCAUAUGGCGACAGUUGUUCCCGUAGAAGAACUACUUUCCCGGUUUUGGAAGAUAGAAGAUGUUGGUGGAUCCGAUUAUUCUAUCGAUGAGCAGAACUGCGAGAACUACUACCGAUAUACAACCGAUCGUGACUCUUCUGGGCGCUACAUUGUGCGCGUCCCGAAGCACCCCGAAUUCGAGCAGAUGGUGGGAGAAUCGAAAGGUGCUGCUCUCCGUCGGUUUGCCUGGCUCGAGCGGAGGCUGGAGAAGGACGCCGAUCUCAAGAGUCAGUAUCACGACUUCAUGAGAGAAUACAUCGAUCUUGGCCAUAUGGAUCUGGUUCCCCCCGAAUCGGAAAACGUGAAAUCAUGCUAUCUCCCUCACCACCCCGUCGUGAAGGAGUCCAGUUCGACGACAAAAGUUCGAGUCGUGUUCGACGGCUCAGCCAAAACCAGCACCGGCCACUCACUGAACGACUCUCUUCUUGUUGGCCCAGUCGUGCAAGACGAGCUGCUGACGAUCAUCAUCCGAUUCCGAAAAUACCCGAUUGCUUUGGUGGCGGACAUAGCCAAAAUGUAUCGUCAAAUUGUGGUGCACCCAUCGGACCGAUGCUUUCAGCGCAUUCUGUGGCGCUUCAAUCCCGACGAACCCGUCCGAUCGUACGAGCUCCGCACCGUCACCUACGGUCUCGCCCCGUCUUCGUUUUUGGCAACAAGAACUUUGUUGCAGUUGGUGGAAGAUGAAGGCCGUCAGUUCCCGAACGCCUCCGCUGCUGUGCGAAAAAGUGUGUAUGUGGAUGAUUUGAUUGCGGGCGCCAGCAGCGUCGAGGCCGCCGUCGCUCUCCGCACUGAGCUCGAUCAAUUAAUGCUUCGUGGUGGGUUUUGUUUCCGUAAGUGGUGCUCAAACUCUCUGAAAGUUCUCGCCGAUGUUCCAUCAGAGCUACUGGGCACACAAUCAUCGCUGAAGUUCGACCCUGAGGAGACGAUCAAAACUCUCGGCAUAUGCUGGGAGCCCGAAGCCGAUAUUUUCCGAUUCGACGUCAACGUUUCCCCGAGUGAUCAACCCCCGACAAAGAGAAGCAUUCUUUCAGCCAUCGCUAAACUAUACGACCCGCUUGGUUUAAUAGCUCCCGUGGUGAUCGAAGCUAAGAUUCUGAUGCAGCAUAUCUGGUUGCUUGGCCUGGAUUGGGACGAAGAAGUUACCCCGGAGUUGCGCAUCAAAUGGACCGAUUUUUGCCAGCAGCUCCCCCAUCUGCUGGAAUUGCGAAUCGACCGAUUUGCUCUUGCCCACCAAUUCUGCGACGCCCAGCUGCACUGCUUUGUCAACGCUUCAGAAGCAGCUUACGGGGCCUGCAUUUAUGCCCGCUCCGAAGCCCCCGAUGGUACCGUUCAAGUGCACCUGUUGGCGUCGAAAUCAAAAGUUGCCCCCCUCUCGCCGAUCAGUAUACCACGGUUAGAGCUCUGCGCCGCUCUUCUCGGCUCCCGUCUGUAUACAAGAAUCAUCGCAUCGUUGGACGUUGAAUUUUCGUCGUGUUUUUUCUGGUCCGAUUCUAUGGUUGUGCUGCAGUGGAUGAAAUCGCCGCCCCGAACGUGGAAAACUUUCGUAGCAAACCGUAUCGCCGAAAUUCAACAUUCCACCCAAGGUUCUCAAUGGCUGCACGUCGCUGGGAAGCAAAAUCCUGCUGACAUCGUAUCCCGAGGAGUAUCAGCAGAACAGCUGAUCCAAAGCGAGCUAUGGAAACACGGUCCCGCUUGGCUUUCCGAUCCCGUAUCAACUUGGCCAAAACAAUCUCUACCCGCUGUGCUUCCCCCCGAAGAAAUCGAACAGAAAAAGACGACCAUUCUGAGUGCUGUGAUUGCGCCACCCAACAUGUUCGAUAAGUUUUCGUCGUAUCAAGAGCUGCUGCGCACAGUUGCUUACUGUUUGCGCUUUUUUCAACAACGCCCAUCCCCGAAAGCAUCCCGUUCCCGAUUCAGUGCCCGCCGUGUGUGA